AUGUCACAAGUGCCGACUUGCGAUGAAAUAAUCGACGACCUCACCAAAGAUUUAGAAAACCACUGUGUCGCUAACGAUGUUCAACCUGCCACAACCCAGAAUAUUCUAGAAACAUCAAAACACAGUGAUGAAUCAGCUGUAGAAGAACUAGUUAACAAAGCCCUAAACGAUAAAACCGAAGAUGACAACGAAGAAGAAACUAGCGAAUCACCCAACGGUAAUAAACCCGCAAUACCAGAAGAUUACAUUGAUGAAGAAGCCCUCAAAGAAGAAGAAUCCACCCUGACAGAAGCAGAAUUAACAGAAAGACACCAAAAAUCAAUUGAGAUCAAAAACAAAGGCAAUCAAGAAUUUCGUGAUGAAUUAUACCUGGAAUCAAUUCAAACAUACACAGAUGGUUUGCAUAUAUGUCCACUAAAACAUAAAAAUGACAGAGCUAUUCUCUAUUGCAAUAGAUCUGCAUCAAAAAUCAAACUGAAACGAAUUGAAGCAGCUAUUGAUGAUUGCACAAAAGCAAUCGAAUUGAAUCCGGGUUAUCAACGCGCAUAUCUUCGACGGGCUGCCGCUUUCGAAGAAAAAGAUAAACUAGAUGAAGCUCUGGAAGACUAAAAAUUAUUAGAGUUAGAUCCAGGUCAGAAAGACGCACGGGAAGCCAUACAUCGCCUUCCGCCUUUAAUACAAGCAAGAAACGAGAAGUUAAAAGAUGAAAUGUUGGGUAAACUAAAAGAUUUAGGAAACAUGUUCUUAAAACCCUUUGGUUUAUCAACCAACAACUUUAAAAUGCAGCAAGAUCCGAACACGGGCGGUUAUUCAGUGAAUUUUCAACAAUAAAUCAAUUUGACUAUAUAAA